AUGCCAGGAGACGAUCUCAAGGCGCACGCCGCCUCCAAUCAAGAUUUCUACGCGUUGCUCGAUUUAUCACCUGCGGCGAACGAGUCCGAAAUUCGUCGUGCAUAUCGUCGCACCGCCCUUAAAUACCAUCCUGAUAAGAUCGCCAACCCUACCGAUGCCGACAUCGACAAAUUUCACCUUCUACAAAUCGCCAACGAUGUUCUCUCCGACCCGGCGAUCCGUCAGCUCUACGACAAUGCGCGCGAGGCGCGCAUGCGCAAGCAGCGCGAGCGCGACCAGAUGGAUGCGGCCAAACGAAAAAUGCGCGAAGACCUCGAGGCUCGUGAACGAGCGGGCACAGCUACGGCACAGCAGGGCGUAAAACGAUCAUGGGGCGUUCCGGGAGGAGAAGAGGAUGCCGAAGCGAAACUUCAGCGGGAAAUCGAGCGGAUUGCUGAAGAUGGGCGGCGGCGUCGACGCGAGGCAACGGAUAAGAUGAAGCGGGAUCUGGAAGAAGAGCAGCGAAAAUUACAAGCGGAGGAGGAGGAAGCACGUAAAGCUGCAGAUCGGAGCAGUCAGCGUGUGGACAGAUCACGAGAUGGCGGUACGAAUGUCCCCGAGCUGGAACGCUCCGUCAAAGUGCGCUGGGUUCGAGAAGGGCAGGGUGCGGAUUGGGAUGCCGAGUCGCUAAAGUCUCUCUGCGCGCCAUUUGGAGCCAUAGACGGUGCGUUCGUGAUGAAGGAUAAACGGGCUCGGGUGGAAGGGAAGAAAGGCAAAGUGACCUAUGGUCUGGGUGUGGUCGUCUUCAAGUCGAUUGUCAGUACGCAAGCAGCUGUGUUGGACGGCGAAAAGAAAAUCUUGCGAAAAGAAGGCGAUUGGGCUCUGGUGGACUCAGUCACGUAUUCCUCGGGAGCGGCCCCAGAUCUUGGGUUCAGCACUGCUGGUCAACCUGAGGUGUCCACAGCCAAGACGACGACAGAUGCAACAAACGAACCCUUCAAAACAUCAGCCAAGCCGGCUUUCAGCUUCGCCGGUCUCAAGCCUGGAGUCCCGUCCUCUGGAAAGGCGCCUUCGUUUGGAUCAUUUCCAACUGCUGGUGGCAAUGCUCCCAAGGCCUCGUCCUUCAAUCCAUCUGCGGCGUCGUCGACCCCAAGUCUGCAAGAGAUCACAAUGAUGCGACUCAAGAACGCCCAGCGAGAGAAAGAACGCAAGGCGCUCGAGGAGCAGCUUGUCCGUGAGGACAAGGCCGCUGAUGCGGCAGAAGAAGCAAAAUCUGCUGGGGUGUAA